UUUCCCUCUUGCCACCGGCUCUCUGCACGUCAGGCCAGUUUGCAUGGCUUCAUCCUAAAGAUCAAGACCUGUAUGGUGUGGGAAUGGGACGUAUCUGAGUGCUUUCGAAUUUACCUCGCUUUUGGGAUGCGAGAAAUAGCCGUUAACGGUCGUUUUACAGUCUGAACCAGGUGCACUGUGGGUAAAAAGUUGCGGUGUGUCAUUUUCGGCGAUGCUUUUAUGCGAAGACAACCCUGAGUGAUUCUGAUGAGCCGGAAAUUUGUAGAAAAGGAGACUUACAUUGAGGACAGAUUGGAUGCAUUUAUCACCAGAUACGAUGAACAUGGUGGAUGAUGGCUGCCUCUCAACGGACAACUACCAUGAUCUGGGUAAAGGCGGCGCUCCGGGGAUGGGAGGCCGCGUGCACAGCAUCGACGUGAUUCUGGGCUUCAGUAAGGACCAGGAUCCUCUUCUCAACCCGGUCGAACCUGUCGGGACACUCAAAGUGGAUGGAGCAGAUCUGGAGAAACAAGUGACCUCUGACCCCUACGGCCACCUGCAAAGUCUUCCGGAUAAUUCCCAGCAGUCAGCUGUGUAUCACGAUACUGGACUUUACUCCACAGAGAAGUGCGACGCAGAUUUGGGAGAUCCACGGAGCAAUGUGGAGAGCGACAGUCGCUCACCAGACGCUCCUGAUGAGGAUCAACCUAAAAAGAAACACAGACGCAACAGAACCACCUUCACCACCUAUCAGUUACACGAGCUGGAGCGCGCUUUUGAGAAGUCCCACUACCCGGAUGUGUACAGCCGAGAAGAGCUGGCGAUGAAAGUCAACCUCCCAGAAGUUCGUGUUCAGGUUUGGUUCCAGAAUCGACGUGCAAAAUGGCGGCGACAGGAAAAAAUGGACUCGGGAAGCAUGAAGCUCCAUGACUCGCCAAUGCUGUCCUUCAACCGAGCGGCCAUGGCGCCCAACGUUGGGCCGAUGUCUAACUCUCUUCCUCUGGACCCCUGGUUGUCCAGUGCCACUCCCAUGCACAGCAUCCCAGGCUUCAUGGGACCCGGCCAAAGCCUCCAGCCGUCCUACACGGGCCACCCUGGCUUCCUGAACACUUCUCCAGGCAUGGUGCAGGGAAUGCAACCCAUGCCACCACCUCCUUACCAGUGUCCAUUUAAUGACAAAUACCCAGAUGUGGACCACGGCUCUAGCAUCGCAGCUUUGAGGAUGAAGGCCAAGGAGCACAUUCAGUCCAUGGACAAAACCUGGCAACCCAUGUAAUGGGGAGCCAGUGUUGGGGGAUUUCAUAGACAUUUGGAUGCAUUUAAAAAAAAAAAUGACUAGCAUCAUUAGGGUUCACCCGAGUUUGAUUUGAAGGACCUUUGAGAAUAUUCUCUUAACACAACAUAGUUGGAUUUACGCCGAUGGUCAAACCUGCUUGGUGCAUUGCUUUCAUUUUGGCAACGAACAAGGUUGCCAAAUCUGCACGGAAUGGGGCUAUUUCUGCUCUGGGUUGUUUUUUAGUCCACAGUUUAAAGCGAUCUCGUCCCCCCCGGAAUGGAAUUAGAAAAUAAAUUGGGCUGUGUUUAUGUGCAGACUCAGACAAAGCACAGACUGUUUGGGAUCGUGGCAUCUACAGCAAGGCGUUUCUUACUUCUACAAAUGUCCAGCUCCUCUGGUUUCCCGUCGGUGCCAUGCUUCUCUGCUCCUCCGGGUCGAAGAGUCACAAUAACAAGUUUGGACCAUUUAACAGGAGAACGCAGCUCAGGACAACUGAUACCUCAAU